AUGGGGAUCUCGGCUGAAGACAGUGGAAGGCGUUUGCUCAAAUCGGAACAUGGAACUUAUAUAAGAGCCAAUGCGCAGACGGUUGACUUGAAGAAGGGCAGUCCAUGUGAUUCGGAACAUUGGUACAUCGUGGAUUUGGGAUGCAAGGUUUCAAUCAAAACGUUCAACUCACCGGAACGUUUUCUGCAAGCUGUGCCUUCUGGAGAAGUGGAUUUGGUAGAAACGGAUCCUAACCAAUGUCCUGCGGUGAUGUGGCAACCAUCCAAAAAUUCGGAUGGAACCUGGUCGUUCCUUAGUACCUAUGGAACUUGGUUGAGCGGUCUCGGAAAUGGCGUGGUCUGUUGUAUGCCGCAUUGGAGGUCGUCAGAGAAAUUCACACUUCCAUUGUGGUAG